GCGCUUGCGUAUGCACGAGGGCGCGUCGCCGAGUUUCAGGUGAAUGGGGAAAGCGGGAGCGUGCGACUGUCGGACUGUUGGUCGGUUCUGCGCGCUGUUCUGCGUCGCCGAGCAGAGAAAAUGGCCAAAAACACGGCAAGCCGGGCGCUAUUGAUCGUGACAGCGUACCUUCUUCUGGUCACUAGGGGGGCUGCGCAGAAGGUCUACUUUGGCUGCGGGGCCGUAGUGGAUGUGGUGGAGACUCAGGGCCUCAUCCUCUCCCCCGGCUUCCCCUACAACUACUCCUCAGGGUCGCACUGUGUGUGGCAGUUCUUCGUGCCUGUGGGCUACCAGUUGGUCAUGGAGAUGUUUGACUUUGACGUCUUCGAGAGCCCAAGCUGGGGGAGGUCUGUGGAUGAGGAUGCUUCUGACCCAGCCGUGCCUGAUCGUGGAGAUCCCAUUCAGGGCGACAUGCCUGUGGAUGAAGGACUUCCCCAAACAGCCCAGAAUCGCACAGACAUGCAUGGCCAUGAUCAUCUGCAGGAAGACGGUACACCAGUGGUGGCCCAGGAGCAGUCCAGCCUCUCCGCACCACUCGCACAUCCUGGUACUCAGCGGGCAGGUUACAGGGGAGAUGGCAACCCAGAUCCCGAAGAGCGCCACACCAAGCCCAGAACCCCCCCAACCCCGAUGUCUAUCUGGGGGGCAGGGGAACUGAGUACGGGGCCCCAGUUGCCGGCCAUGGACUCCUGCCCUCACGACGUCCUGUACAUCUCUGAUCUGAUCACCUUCUCUUCCCGCUUCUGUGGCUCCAAUAACCCGACAGGCCGUCGGCUGGUGUUCGGCUCCCCCAAGGAGAUGGUGGAGGUCAUCGUGGAGCUGAUCACCACUACACACUGGGGCCGUGGCUUUGCGCUACUCUUCCGCUACCAGAACCGCAGUGAUGCCAGCGACCAGCGUCUCCCAACGCCUCCUGCUGGCCAGAAGGAGACACUGCUGGCUGCAACCGGUGGCACAGCCUUCUUUGUCCUUGUGCUGACCAGCGCCCUCUGCGUUAUCUUCAGGCCGAAACUGUGCCGGAAAGCAGCAGCCGACUCCUUUUCAUCCAACAACUUGGAGGACGGCGGGCGACCCGGCAGGGAGCUGCAGCUGGUGGGCCCUCAGGACACCGAUGUCACGGUGACCGCAGACGGAGCCAGCGCGGAUGUCCCCCCCAGGCCGCCUCACACAGCUUCUGGGUCCAUCAGUGGUGGGCCUGACAUUUCCCAUAAUCCCGAGCUGGAGCUGUCCUCCGAUGGGCUGAUGGAGCUGGACCUGGGGACGGACGAGGUAUUCAUGAUUGGCACAGGCCCCCCUCUGAGUGGACCCCCCCUCGGUCCCCAUACGAGAGACCGCUCCCUGCGGCACAGCGACAGUGCGCUGCCGGCCCAGCCAGACGGCGGCAGCAGGAUGCGGCCACGAGCCUGGAGCGUACGCACCUUCCAGGACCUGCUGCGGCCGCUGUCUCAGCAUCAGUGCGAGUGGUCGGGCUGUGGUCCCAGCAGCCCCUUCACCAAGCUGGUGGACACGACUUCUGCCAGCUCAGGCUGCCAUGGCAGCAAGGCCAGGAAGGUGUUCUCAGAUGGUCACCUGGAGGGUGGCGACUCCUGCAACCACGACCAGUCAUCUGGGAGCACUGCAUCCUACCCACUGGCUCUGCCAGCACAGAGGCAACGCCGGCUCAAUUCUGGCAGCAACCUAAGGCGCUCCCUCUUCACAGCGCCAUGCUUUGGGCUCUUCUCUGGGUUGUCGGAAGGCGGGCCCUUUGCCCCCAGGCCGCCCCCCCCUGAGCCGGUGGCCAGGGAUCCAGGGGCAGAGCCUCAGGCCAGCAUGGGUGUGCCUGUAUUUGCCAUCUCGGAGGAGGAGGACCGGCAACCCCUGGUCCAGGCUGAGCAUCUGAACGGGCAGCACCGGGAGCCCAACGGCCAGGCCUCCGGACCUGUGAGGGGCAGGGUGUGUGGAGAGGGCAGCUUGCUGGGUCCCGACUCACCUGCAGCCAGCAGGAAAACGAAGCCUAACUUCACACACGCUGGCAACAAGCAGCUGCAGCCCUUGUCACUGAGCCCAUCUGCGGUGACAUGCAAUGCGGUGGGCAAGGAGAUGUGAGUGCAUCCCCCACCAUGGACCAAGAACUCAUUGUGCCACCUAGUGGCUGGAGGAGGAUCAUGCAUUUCGAUGGUUAAAGAAAAACCUGUUUGGUAAGGACUGGGAAUAUUUAUAAAGAUUAGGAGCUUAUCUAAGGAAGAUGUUUAGAGCUGGGAAUGUUUACCUUCAGCCAGCAUAUUUUUGUACAAAUUGUCUGUUUUCAUAUCCUUUAUGUAAUGAGAUUAUACAGGAUGUUUGUUUAUACUAAAAAUCAUACUCAGUCAUCUAGUCCAGUUACCUACCGUAUGGAUUUCUGAAUACAUUAAAAAAUAAUUCCCAAAAAACAGAAGAAACCUUUGAUUCCUUGAUCCUCUUUUAAGGAAAAUCCAGAUCAAUCAGUCAAGGAUGGUUCCUUUAUAAAACAUUUCAGCAUUCCGGGUCUGCCUUGCAACUGAUCAAAUGGGUUCAUGUUUUGCUAUUGCUAGGCAGUGUGAACUAAAACAGGAGGGAGGCCCUGCACACACUGUCACCAUGUUUCCUAACACUGGGACAAAUAGUCGGCAGCUUUGUGUCAGUAAGACGCCCCCCCCGAAGGGGGCGCAUGGAGGAACUCCCACACCGUAUCAGUAACAGUCUGCGGAGUUUGGGAUUUCAAAGAGAAACUGUAAAAGCAGGCAUUCUUCAGCAAAUAGCUCUUGUAAUGAUCAUGUGCUUAGAGAGAACAUAAUGAAUGUCUGCAUGGAGAAAUCUGUAUAAAAACCUUUUUAAAUAAA